GAACGGAAAACAUUUGAUACGUUUUCAGAGUGAAGGCACCGUUUUCAAAUUUCUUCGGCGUAGAGUGGAAGGGGUUCUGUGGGUUACUGGUAACGACCGUUAACCCUACCGGUCGUUCAGCCCCCAAGCCGAUUAGCCCCUAGCUGGUUAGUCCUAAACCAGAAGUCGAUUAUCUUCCGUUCACGCUUAAUAAAAUCGACAGUGUUUUCGACUUCUGGUUGGGGGCUAAUCGACUUCUGGCUGGGAGCUAACCGGCUAGGGGCUAAUAGACUUGGGGGCGAAACGACCGGGGGGGAAGGGAAACGAAACGACCGGAUAUUGAUGAAGAGAAAGACAGUAAAUACUCCAUGAUGGCCUUAUUCCUAAAGUCAAUCCUUCUCAAUUUGUUUAGAUCACUCCCGCCUUGAGAAGUCCCUGGGGAAUCAGAAGUAAUCAAUCCUGUGAUGUAAAUUCUACCCGCGUGGACAGCCCAACAGGCUUUGUAAGCAGCCUCCGCGAUAACAUCAACGUAACGCAGGUGAUCCUGAAUUUUAUUUGUGGGAGGACUGGUUACCAAUGAUAUCUAAAAACGAGUUUAGAGUGAUUACCUUGAGAUAAAGGCUGAUAUGAGAUUAUUCCCCUAUUUAAUACCCUUCAUUCUCUCUGCACGGAUUAGCUUAUUGCUCCAGUUUAAUUUACUUACAAUAUUUCAUGCUCAGCUUUGCGAAACACAUCUGCUGAGGAUCCCUGAAAUAGAUCAAACUAUGACCGUUUGUAAUGGCGAGCACUAUAAAUAAGGGGGACAUUUAUGUGUCUAGAUUCAUUUUGUUCAAAACAGAACGAGUAAUCUACGGCCUGAAUUUGGGAAAAUGUGCCCGGCUCUAGAGCCUGCAAAUGUUUUCUCUCCUAAGUUGAAAUAACAGAGGAAGUUACGUUUUUCAUGCAUUUUCAUAUAAUGAAGGCUACAAACGAGAGAAAGAGCGCAUUUGAGCAACAGGGAACGAGUGCCCGACGAACGAAUGGGAACGAGACAAGAAAACCUCUUUCCCAGGCCUUUGAAAAUUUCUCUUCCAAAUUCACGGGAAAAGCCCGGGAACGAGCUUGUAAUGUUGCUUCUUUCAAGCUCGGCGGUUGCACCCAGAACCCCCGCUGUCUCAAGGUUUCUGUGAUUUCAAAAGACUCAUAAACAAAAUCCAAGAGAAGAUAUCAAAGUUCGGUAAUAAAUGCUCAUACCUCAGGUUUUUCGACUUCAACAAGGUCAAUUGUUUCGUACCUGUCAAUUUUGACUUCCAGAUCCGUGUCACUCCCCUAAACGGGUCAUUAAAUGACUGAUUGAUUUCAUUCAUGCACCUUGAUUUGCAUGCAUGCAGCUUUGUUUAUCUGUCAUACUGCUUUAACAAAUUCUUCGACCGCAACUAAUAUCAGCUAAAAUAUGUAAAUUUGACGUUUGGCGUCGUGAUUUUCCUGCUAGGUGAAUUAAUGAGCAAAUGUUUAUAUAUGUGGGCUCGCUUUGGGAGGGUUUUGCAGUUACCGUUGCAAGAUGUUCGCCCGAGAGCUGCGAUUUGCGCUCAUCGCCUUUCUUGCUUGCGUCGAGUAUGUUUCAGCAGCAAGCAAUUCAACUGUUAUUUUGAUUUGCCUGGACGGAUUUCGCUGGGAUUACAUGGGCAAAGCGAACACGCCGAACUUAGAUUUCAUAGCGAAAACUGGAGUUCACGCGCCCUAUGUAAAGAAUGUGUUUCCAACGGUUACGAUGCCGAAUCUGUACACCAUUGUCACCGGGCUAUACCCAGAGAGUCACGGGAUUAUUGCAAACGAAAUGUUUGAUCCUGUAUACCGAGCUGUGUUUAACAGCAACAAUAACGAAACAAGAUGGUGGGAUGACGGUGAGCCAAUUUGGGUCACAAAUCAAAAGCAUGGUUUCAAAAGCGGUACAAGUUUCUGGCCAGGCUUCGAUGUCGCUAUUCGAGGCUACUUUCCAAGCUUCAGUACAAACGGAACGGAGUAUUCCAAGCCAUUUGCUUCCAAAGCAAACCGCAUGCCAGUUAAGGAGAGAAUUGACACAGUUAUAAAAUGGCUAACCACAGACAAACCUCCAACCUUCGUAGCAAUUUACUUCUUGCAGCCUGACACAAUUGGUCGUGAGUACGGUCCGGACUCGCCUGAAAUUGAGGCCGCUAUCAAACACUUUGAUAAAAAUAUCACUGGUUAUCUCUUAGAUCAGCUUCGACAGGUCGACUUGUUAGAUGAAGUCAAUGUUAUAGUCACUUCGGAUCAUGGAAUGACUGCAUACAAUACAAGUAACUUCAUCAACUUUGAUGACAUCGUGAACGCAAGCACCUAUGAAGUCUUCUCGGGGAAUAAGGCGUUUUUCACCAUCCAGCCGCACCCAGGAAAAGAGAGCUACGUGUACGACAGCCUCAAGGAAGCAGCGACAAAAACCAAGCUCUUCGAAGUGUACAAAAAGGAAGAUGUUCCGGAUGACCUACAUUUCAAGUACAACAGAAGAAUCGGUUCAAUUGUCGGCUUACUUAAGGAGGGUUGGUAUGGCCGCAGUUCGAAACUGCCACAAGGAAAUUAUUCGUACGGCAUAAUACGAGGGGAACAUGGAUACAGCACCACGAUUAAAGACAUGUACCCCUUCUUUAUUGCUCGCGGACCCGCAUUCAAACAGAACUUUACCACCCAGCCGUUUGAGAUCAUAGACAUCUACCCUUUGAUUUGUCACAUACUUGGAAUCGAGCCUGCGCCAAAUAACGGCUCAUUGGCUCGCGUGAAAGGGCUUUUCAAAGACAAAACGGAUUCCACUAAUGCGCCCACCGAAAGCACAACAGAGAAACAACGGUCUGGAAAUAAAAUCGUGAAAAUCGCUGGUUUUGUAAUUUUGGGCUUCGCAGGCCUUGUGAGUCUCGUUGCUUCAAUCUUGUUAAUAAUUCAAUGGUGCAAACGCCAAAACCGACCGAAAAAGCUCACCUGGCAGAAUGAGGAGGAGGACGAAACUGCCGCCAACACGGUAAAUGUCGAUCAUGCAGAUGACUUGGCAGCGAAUCAAGAGGAACCGGUCGAAAAUAACGAUGAAACGGUAGCCUUGCGAGGUCAAGAGAUUCAAGUUUAAAUCUGCGGCGACGAACACGCCCUCCAGGAUCAGUUUUAAAACUACACCGUUUCGUUUCGUAUUCGUUCUUUUAAUGACUGGCUUAAAAGCUUUAGGGAAGGUAGCAUUUGAGAGUUAAAGAUCCAACUGUGUUGCGAACGAAAAAAGGUUCCCUUUGAGCUAAAGGAAGUAUUUUAAUUUUACAGUCGAUAAAUCUCUUAAAAUAUCUGAGAGAACGGCUUGCACCUGUUUUGCAUGUUUCGGAAAGAUUGAAAAAAAAAAUUAAGAGUGGAUGUCUCUAAAAAUCAAAGAAAAAUAAAAAAAUCGCGGACAUGGUCAAAAAUUCGUUUCGUCCCAUUUUUUGUCUACAGGUAGCUAUAGGUACUAGCUAAAGUGAAACGAGGUUAGUUUGUGUAAAUAUUCAUUUUGACGCGAAUAAACCGUUAUGAAUUGCAUGAUCGAAA